GUUCAUGAACCACCCGGCUCCAGCAAACAGCCGCUACAAACCCACUUGCUAUGAGCAUGCUGCGAACUGUUACACACAUGCAUUCCUCAUUGUUCCCGCGAUUGUGGGCAGUGCCCUUCUCCACCGGCUCUCUGAUGAUCGAUGGGAAAAGAUAACAGCAUGGAUGUACGGCGUUGGGCUCUGCGCGCUCUUCAUUGUCUCCACAGUGUUCCAUAUCGUUUCCUGGAAGAAGAGUCACUUAAGGACAAUGGAGCAUUGCUUUCACAUGUGUGACAGGAUGAUGAUCUAUGUCUUCAUUGCAGCAUCAUAUGCACCAUGGUUAAAUCUACGUGAGCUUGGACCUCUAGCAUCUCACAUGCGUUGGUUUAUCUGGCUGAUGGCUGCUGGAGGAACCAUUUAUGUAUUUCUCUACCAUGAAAAGUAUAAGAUUGUUGAACUCUUUUUCUAUCUAGCGAUGGGAUUUUCUCCUGCUCUGGUAGUGACAUCCAUGAGCAACACUGAUGGACUUCAGGAGGUUGCCUGGGGAGGCUUGAUCUAUUGUCUGGGUGUGGUGUUCUUCAAGAGCGAUGGAGUCAUCCCCUUUGCCCAUGCCAUCUGGCACAUGUUUGUGGCCACAGCAGCUGCUGUUCACUACUAUGCCAUUUGGAAGUACCUUUACAGAAGUCCUGCAGACAUAAUUCGUCACUUAUGAGAUAUAUUUAUGUAAAAAAUAGUCUGCACUUGGCCUCUGUAACAGUAUUAUUUGACUU